AUCCGGAUUCUAUUUGCUGAAAAACAAGAGGAGCGACUUGGACAUAAUCAAAGAAAUAAAUACAGAAGCAAGCAAGUGCAAGCAUCUGGACACUGUGAAACGGAUGACAAAUGUAUGUUUAAAUUCGAUCAAAGUUAAAAGUGUUAGACUUCCCUGGGCCUGAAAAGUUUCGACACAGUUUUCUUGGAGCAGAAGACUUCUUCAAUAUGAGCAAGCCUGCUGGUUCAACAAGUGGUUGUUUGGAUAUUUUAAAUGUCAAAUCCAGUCGGAUUCUGGACAUCCCUUGUAAAGUGUGCGGUGACCGCAGCUCUGGAAAGCACUACGGUGUUUACGCGUGCGAUGGUUGCUCGGGAUUUUUCAAGAGGAGCAUAAGAAGAAACAGAACGUAUGUCUGCAAAUCUGGCACACAGGGUGGCUGUCCAGUAGACAAAACGCACAGAAAUCAGUGUCGCGCUUGUCGCUUGAAAAAGUGUUUAGAAGUGAAUAUGAAUAAAGAUGCUGUGCAGCACGAGAGAGGGCCGAGGACGUCGACAAUUCGUAAGCAGGUGGCACUGUAUUUCCGAGGGCAUAAGGAGGUGAACGGUUCCUCCACCCAUUUCCCAUCUGCGUCCAUCCCUGGUCCGCCGUUUUUUACUACAGUUACCCAAUUGGAGCCUCACAAUCUGGAGUUAAAUACAGUCACAAGUACACCGGAACGACAGGCCAUUGUGGGACUCGCCCAGCCCACACCAAAGUAUCCUCAUGAAGUCAGUGGCACUCCUAUGUACCUGUAUGAAGUGGCGACGGAGUCUGUGUGUGAAUCAGCUGCGCGUCUGCUUUUCAUGAGCAUUAAAUGGGCCAAAAGUGUUCCGGCUUUCUCCACUCUCCCCCUACCUGACCAGUUGAUCCUUUUAGAAGACGCCUGGAGGGAGUUGUUUGUGUUGGGCAUUGCGCAGUGGGCCAUCCCUGUGGACUCCAGCACACUCCUAGCUGUUUCAGGCAUGAACACAGACAACACAGACUCGCAGAGACUAAACAAGAUCAUCUCAGAGAUCCAGGCAUUACAGGAGGUGGUGACGCGUUUCAGACAGCUCCGACUAGACGCGACGGAGUUUGCGUGCCUAAAGUGCAUCGUCACCUUCAAAGCAGUUCCAACACACAGUGGAUCUGAACUGAGAAGCUUUCGCAACGCCAGUGCCAUUGCAGCUCUUCAAGAUGAAGCCCAGCUCACUUUGAACAGCUACAUCCACACCAGGUACCCGACCCAGCCGUGUCGCUUUGGGAAACUGCUAUUGCUAUUGCCUGCCCUGCGCUCAGUUGGCCCAUCCACCAUUGAAGAAGUGUUCUUCAAAAAGACCAUCGGAAACGUUCCCAUCACACGACUGCUCUCCGACAUGUACAAAUCCAGUGAUAUAUGAGCUCGACAAAAGAUCAAAAUACAAUGUAUUUUUGACCUCGACAUUCGCAUGGACGCCGGAACGCCGAUGCCCUAAUGUGAUCAUUCAUGCACUUGUUUGGAGAACAAAGCUCUACCAAUGUCAAGAUGUUAUUACGCAGGGAAAUUAAAUAGACUGAAUCUCUACCAGUUGAAUUCACUGCUUAGAAAUAAAGAAGGUUUAACAGAUUUCUAAACAGCAAUUUUCUAAUUGAUUUACUUUUAAUCUAUUUAAGUUCGUUUAUGGAAAUAACAUAACAAGCUUAAUCUGUUUUUGUUGAAGAUUCAAUACAGAAGUAUAGAGUAUGUAGUCAUAUAUUUGAAUGGACUGUCUGUGAGGCUAUGUACAAUCAGUCAUUACGAUGGGAUUAUUUGUAUAAUGUUCUGUCCAAAAGAAAACCAAAAAGAAACCAUGACUGGAUUGCAGAGAAGUCGCUGUCCCUUUGACUAGUGCUGAAAACCAAAGGCCUUCAAGUCAGAACUGUUACAUGAGCCCUUUGCUUAGAUAUUUACCUUCCAGCAGAAGUUACAACUCUAAUCUGAAUUAAAAAUACACCUGAACCUGCUAAUAAAAGUCUGCUGGAAGGUAACAGGACAUGCGUCAUGUGAUUGAGGCUGCAGCAUCCUUGUGUCCUUAACAUAUCAUUACAGUUCACAGGCAGGGCAUUAAAACUCAUCUGGAUAUUUUGUUCAGCAUUGUGACUUUUGUACUCUGCAAAUGUAAUUUAAUUGAUGUUUGAAAGCAUUUCUGCUCAAUGUUAGGCCCAUGUUAAAGGUCACAAUUUAAACUUUGAGUUGUUACUAACCCUCAAAAAGUAA